AUGACAGCCAAACUCAUUUCCUCCUCAACAUUUCACCAAGACGUGGCAAUUUGGACAUCACAUGGGCCAGCAGGAGAAAGCGGGGCAAGCCCGGGGCUGGAUCAUGGGUUUGCCAGCUCAGAAUUCAGCUCUGAUGAGACUACUGUCGGCAGCAUAGAGCGUAAUCCAGGAUCCGGACCAGGCACUGGAAAUGAAAAUGAUGAUGGGUGCAGUCCUGCAGAAUCUUCGCAUGUCAUUGAUGACGGACGGUCGCUGGCUGAGCGUCGCCCAAGACGCCUUGAUCGUCGUCUGCCUGUGCGGUUUCGAGAUAUUCUUCCUCAACCCCCACCCCCGCCCAUGGCCGAGGUGGCAGAUCCCCUGCCCACUUCAGAUGCAAGUACACUGCUGUCCCGCAGACUUCACUUCUUCCGCACAUUUCCUAACGUAUUUGGACUUUUGUGUCAGUACUACAGCAAUCGCCUGCCAACGCACAACCCAGAAGAGGUUAUAACUCUGAAGAACCUCACUCUGACACAUUUAGACCUAGAAUGUCUCGAUCUUAGUAUGCCCACUCCUAUAAUGCAGCAUGACAGCUUGGAGGCCCCAGACACCUUCUAUCCGUACCCAAAUAAGUCCUCAUUUCUCCUUGGUGAUUGGUAUUGGAACGGGGGUAUCCAGAAGUCGCAAAAGAGCUUCAUGGAACUCUUACGGAUUAUCGGCGAUCCUGAGUUUCAGCCCAAAGAUAUCUGUACCAUGCGCUGGAACUUUAUCAACUGUCAGCUUGGAUCUACUGUGGAAGAUGCAGAGGGGCGCACACUCUUUGAAGGUGCUGGAUGGAAGAAGAACCCAAUCAAGAUUACAAUACCUGUUCACAAUCGUGCGGAUGGCUCAGGCAUUCACGAUUACCUCACCACAGAAUUUUAUCAUUGA